CUGUUAAUUUUUUGUUUAUUGUAGAAUUGCCAUGAGCUGGAGAAGAUGGACUUGGAAGAAUGUGUUUUGAUAACUGACAGCACAUUGAUACAACUUUCCAUACACUGUCCUAAGCUUCAGGCAUUGAGCUUAUCUCACUGUGAACUGAUCACUGAUGAUGGGAUUCUUCAUCUGAGCAACAGCACUUGUGGGCAUGAGAGGCUGCAGGUGCUGGAGCUCGAUAACUGUCUCCUCAUCACGGAUGUGACUCUGGAACACCUGGAGAACUGCCACAACCUGGAGAGAAUUGAGCUGUACGACUGUCAGCAAGUCACACGAGCUGGAAUCAAACGGAUCAGAGCUCACCUACCUCAUGUGAAAGUUCAUGCUUACUUUGCUCCAGUAACUCCCCCUCCGUCGGUCGGAGGGAGCGGACAGCGCCUCUGCAGAUGCUGUAUUAUCCUCUGACAGUGAGUGCAGCCACACAAAAAAUGUUGUUGAAGAAUGGGACAGCAAGUCAGCAGAAGGAGUCAAGUUUCCUGACAAGUUCUAAUGGUGGUGUUUGGUCAUCCAGUUUUGUGACAGAAAAGCAUUUUUUUUUUUCCAGGUAAAAAUCUUAACGUAAUGUGCAGCUGUGGAUUAAGUUGGUGAUGCUUUGGUUUGUAUUAGUAACUCCUUCCUUCUGUUGGCAUGAGAAUUGCAGUACUGUGUCAAACAUGUGGGCAUUGCAGCGUAGCAGCUACUUGGUGGAAGUUCACAAAACUUGGAAGUUAAUUUGCAUUUGUCAGCACUACUUGGUGUGAAGUUCUGCUGUAACGUGGGGCUCAAGGCUGCCACACCAAGGAACUGAGCCUGCUGUUCUGUAAUAUACACCACAGAUCGAGCAUCAGGUUUUAAGGACAAAUCAGCUUUAGCAGAUAUUGACCAAAAAAUGCAAAGUAAUCAUAAGCUCUUACAGUGAAACAGCAGCUUGUUCUUUUCAUGAUUCAGCUUCAUAUUUAAUUAUGUAACAGGACAUAAUAGGUAAUGUCAAAAGGUAAAGUAGUACCACAAGAUACCCAUAGAACUAGAAACACUUCCCAAGUUCUUGGACUUGGUUCAGUUGAACUCUGCUGGUACAAAGCUUGCUCAUCGCCGACGCACAUUCUGCCCGAUGCCAUCGGCCUUGAACGGGGGUGAGAAAUCCACUGUGCACUCUACUGUACCUGCUGCCACAGCCAUCCAUGGUGCUUUCGUUAAUGCCAUCCCCGCGUCCUCUGGGACCGCUGCGGGCUGGAAGGAAAGGAUGCAGUGCUUCCAGGAGGGGUGUAGCACACAUGCUUUUCUACAGAUGAAUGGAACACAGGUUCAGCUACAGAAGACAGGAUGGAGCAAGGAAUUUAGUUUGGCCACCCAUUUUAGGGACAAGCAUGUGAGCUCAUCAGUCUGUAGGCAGGAGUUGAACCAUACCAAACCUGUGGUUUUCAAAUGUAGAAAGCCAAACUCUUCACAUUUGGUUCAGAAGCUGUUAGCUUCUGAAUGAUAAUAAUAAUGAUGAUAAAAAAUAUGUGUAUUAACUCUUAAGGCCAUGCUUUCAUCCUUAGUUUUUCAGUGCUAGACGAUUAGACAAACUUUUAUAUUAAGCAAUUUAAUUAUCUGAGAGAAACUACUUGACAAUUCAGAAAGCUUUUUUUGUGUAAGUUUUGACUCUGUGUGUGUGUGUGUGUGUGUGUAUAUAUUUUAAGAGUUCGGGCCUGUGUUUACUGAAAAUUAAAAAGCAGUUGGAAAAGCUACUACUGGACAGUACUGCCAUUUCUCCCCUGCAAAUUUUAAACAACUUCUCAAAAGGAGUGAGUGUGAACAUGAACUUCUGUGGCCAGCAAUGGCUGGGUUGUGUGGACUCACAGAGGAUGGGGACGGUAAAUUAAGACCGCAGCUUUGGAGUUAAAUUACAACUUAGACUACAGUACAUGGAUUUCUUUACUUUUACAAAGUAUGCCAAUCUGGACUUCGUUUGCAUAGUAGUGGAGUACUGUUACAAUCACAAGAGUUCCAUUCAGACACUGCUGGUCUAAUGAGAGUUUUAAUUAGAUUUUAUUCUCAACUGUACCAGGGCAGUCAUUGGUACCAAUAUGACAAGAUGUGUUGCCUUGUGUUGGCUCAUUUUUUUUUCUAUGACCAUAAUGAACCUUGUAAGUCUAUUGCAUUGAAUAUGUACAAAAACAAAUGGAACCUACUCUGAUAUAGGACACUUAAACAAUCAGCUGAUGUCAAACUUGAAUUUGUUGGAAUUAUUUCAAAUCUAAGCAAGGUUUCUGCUAGAAGCAGAAGAUCCAUGUGAAUGCACUGUGUUCGGGAUAUACUGCAGGGCUGGUUUACUUCCCUUCCUUACCUUGACCAAUGAUUCUUGCUAUGGCAGGUCUUGCAAUUAAUCUAAAUCUUAACAAUGGACUGUCUCUAAUGUGGGUGUGGGUAAAAAAGAAGUAAACAAAAAGAAAAGCACAUUUACAAAAUUAUCGAAAAACAUUUAUUAUACUUAAAUUGAAAUGUGUACAUCUUAUUAAAAAACGAAAGCCA